UCUUCCGGAACGCGUCACUCUUCCGCGCCUGCGCGAUGUUACGCGGCGGCCUGGUCGCGUUGGUCGUGCGGAGGGCGAUGUCGGCGCGGCCGGGCAGCGGCGGGGCUCCUGCUGAUGGUGGUGGCCGCCGGGGACACGUCCCCGACAGGUGGCAGGAGUACGCAGCACUCGGCCAGCGCCUCCGAGGGACCCGCUUCAUCGCUUUCAAAGUUCCACUGAAGAAGGUGUUUGCAAGCUGCCUGCUGCCCGGUGAAGUCUUCACGCCGAUGGAUCUUUUGAACCAGAUCCAGGAGCAGAGUGAGGAGCUGGGCAAGAUCAUUGACCUCACCUUCACAAAGCGUUACUACGACCCCGAGGAGCUGCCGGAUGGUUUGCACUAUGAGAAGAUUUUCACCGCUGGCCACGAAGUACCCAAUGCAAAAAACAUUUUAAGUUUCAAACGAGCUGUGAAAACAUUCCUGUUGGAGAACAUGGACAAUGAUAAACUGAUUGGAGUUCAUUGCACUCACGGCAUCAACAGAACUGGCUACCUCAUAUGCAGGUAUCUGAUUGAUGUGGAUGGGAUGGACCCUCGACAUGCAAUCGACUUGUUCAAUAGAUCCCGUGGAUAUUCAAUUGAAAGACAGAAUUACAUUCAGGAUUUGUUGCAGGGACCACAUCGAAGCAAUAAAGGAAUCGAAUUGCUGGGUUCUUGCGUAGCCCCAGAACAGAUGGGACGUUUCCGUCAGCAGUCUGUGUUCACACCACGAGGGAGAACAAAUCGCGGAAAGUAUCCACCAAGAAACGACUUCCGUGAAUUCAGUCACUUUGCCUGCCCGCCUGUUCAGCCUGCUGAUUCUUACUUGGCGAGGCAGCGUUCCAGAGAACAGGGGUUUGGACCCCGUGCUGUUCAUCACCCGGCGCUGGGCAAUGGACACAGGGCCUACUCUGACUCUACUGGCGGGUGGUGGGACUCGUCAAGGACGAGCUGUCAGUCACAGUCGUCGUGGCGUUCUCGUCAGCUACCAUCUGACUGGGAGAAGAAUCGGCCCGUGAACCCCUGGGACGGUUAUCAGCCCCCUCACGGAACCAGGGACACCAGUGAACGGAAAUCAGUCUCUCGAGGUCAGGUUAGGCUGAAUACACAUCGACGAUGGGACAAUUGAUAAGCAAAUGCAAAAGAUUUUAGUCACUUUGAUUAAACGUAACUGAAAGAAAUAAUGUGCAGGAUGAAACGGAGAGGCUGCUUCGGUGGCUGCAUCUAUGUUCAGUUAUCGGUAGAUCGUUUGUCUAUUGCUGCCUCUGAACUGUGGAGGAACCUCCAUUCAUCUGCCUUAAUAUUGUGCUUGGCUCCCAAUCCUUGAUUCAUUUUCUGAUGUCACUGCUUCUCGAACUUCUUCUUUUCGCAAAACAAACACUUUUAAUCAGUUCAUAAUCUCCCCAUACAUAGUGCAGAUUUUAAAAGACAUGGCCUCGAAUACUAUAUUGUGAAGGUGGUCUAAGGGGUGGUGAAUAUUGCCAGCACAUUGUACAGGUACUGCUCCCCUGUUGAGUUAGGGGAUCACACUGCAGUCCACACUGUAUUAACACCUGUACAAUUUUAAACACAUGUGCGGCUGCAAUGCUUCAGAUCGGGGGCAGCAGAUCAUGCCUUGACAGUCCUCUGAUGGACCAGCACUCGAGUGUUACCUCAGUUCUCAGUGACUAAUUGACCCCUUGACUACAGUCAACCCUCUGAAUUAACUAACUAAAUAGCCAGCAGGGAAACUGGUGUAGGAUGCUGAGGUGGGGCGCAGGGAACUCUAUGACCCUAACCGUCCUGUGAGCAACGACUUACUGAGAGGAAUUUCACUACUUCCCCGCAUCGUUUAAACUGCUCUUUGAUUCGACAAAAAGCAAUUAAUCCAGUAGAUUGGUUUAGUAUUGGGGUCAAUUUCUAAUCUAUCCAAGGGUUCCAAAUAAGUUGCUGACAUUUCACUGAGUCCGAUCAGAAAACAUUGUUACUUGCUACUUUUAAACUUAAUUUAUUUAAUUCCAUGGGUUUGUGUGUAGUCCGACUCAAGUGCCGUGACAGCCCAAGUCUAAUCCGUACUACAAAUGAGCACAGUGCUGGAGUAACUCAGCAGGUCCAGCAGCUUUCCUGGAGAACAUGGAUAGGUGAACAUUUCCAAUCCAGACCUUGCUUCAGACUGAUCUGUACUAGUUGCCUACUCUGUUCAUCUCUGGCUAUCUCAAAUAGGAUAAGAAAAAUCAUCAGGAUCCUCUCAGUUCAAGUGGUCUCUAUCUGCAGCCUAGACCUGUCCUUGAAUAGAACGUGGGGCACUCAGCACAUUGCACAGAUACCGGGAAAUUAUAUAUCUUUCUGGUGAGUGUGGUGUUAUUAGAGAGCAGUGAUUAGGCUUGUGUGUGAGAAGGAACUGCAGAUGCUGAUUUACACCAAAGAGACACAAAAUGCUGCAGUAACUCAUUGGGUCAGGCAGCAUCUCUGGAGAAAGGGAGUAGGUGACGUUUCAGGUCGAGAUCCUUCAUCAAACUGUCCUAUGAAGGGUCAUGAUCCGUCAUGUAUUCCUUUUCUCUCGAGAUGCUGCCUGACAUGCUGAGUUACUCCAGCAUCUUCAGUGAUUAGGCUGGGUUGCCAGUUGUUCCACAUUGUCUUGCUCCUGUGGAGGGCGGGCACUGGGUCUGGAGGAUGGCUAUAGCUUGUACACUGGCCUCCUUCACACUGAGGCUCAGCUCGGUGGUUCAGGAGCAUCUGUGUUCCUGCUUGUGUAUCUGAUGCUCUGGGCUUCAUCCUUUUACCCGACUCCCUAAAUUCAUUGCAUCAGUGAUUGAGGAAGUCACUAAUCAAGUUUUUCUACGGUUUUUGGUAUCGAAUGUAAUCUGGAAUCAAAAUAAAUGAAUUUGGUCAUUUGUAU